GGCCUAGCGUGGCGGAGGAGGAGCGGGGAUGCAGCGGGAGCCAGAGUCCGGGAGGGCCUGGCUGCGGGGGAAUGAAGCCUCCGCCUUCUCGGGCAGAAGCCUUUAAAUACGGGCUCGGCCCCGGGACUCGGGGUGCGGCGCUUGGCAGCCUGAGGGAGGGGCGUGCGGUGAGGGGAGAUAGGGCGGAGCAGGGCGCGAGUGCAGAAGCUGCGGUAGCCCGGCCCAGGGCGAGGAGCUGUCCGAGCCGUCGGGAUAGGAGCGGACGCUGCGCUCGGUGCUUGGAAGUGGUACAAUCAUGUUUGAAAUUAAGAAGAUCUGUUGCAUCGGUGCAGGCUAUGUUGGAGGACCUACAUGUAGUGUCAUUGCUCACAUGUGCCCUAAAAUCAGGGUAACGGUUGUUGAUGUCAAUGAAUCAAGAAUCAAUGCAUGGAACUCUCCUACGCUUCCUAUUUAUGAGCCAGGACUAAAAGAAGUGGUAGAAUCCUGUCGAGGAAAAAAUCUGUUUUUUUCUACCAAUAUUGAUGAUGCCAUUAAUGAAGCUGAUCUUGUAUUUAUUUCUGUGAACACUCCAACAAAAACCUACGGAAUGGGGAAAGGCCGUGCAGCGGAUCUGAAAUAUAUUGAAGCUUGUGCUAGACGCAUUGUGCAAAACUCACAUGGGUACAAAAUUGUGACCGAGAAAAGCACAGUUCCAGUGCGGGCAGCAGAAAGUAUUCGUCGAAUAUUUGAUGCAAACACAAAACCCAACUUGAAUUUACAGGUACUGUCCAACCCUGAGUUCUUGGCAGAAGGAACGGCCAUCAAGGACCUAAAGAACCCAGAUAGAGUACUGAUUGGAGGAGAUGAAACCCCAGAGGGCCAGAAAGCUGUGCAGGCACUGUGUGCUGUAUAUGAACACUGGGUUCCCAGAGAAAAGAUCCUUACCACUAAUACUUGGUCUUCAGAACUUUCCAAACUGGCAGCAAAUGCUUUUCUUGCCCAGAGGAUCAGCAGCAUUAACUCUAUAAGUGCCCUCUGUGAAGCAACAGGAGCUGAUGUAGAAGAGGUGGCAACAGCCAUUGGGAUGGACCAGAGAAUUGGAAAUAAGUUUCUGAAAGCCAGUGUUGGUUUUGGUGGGAGCUGCUUUCAAAAAGAUGUUCUGAAUUUGGUUUAUCUCUGUGAGGCUCUGAAUUUGCCUGAAGUAGCUCGUUAUUGGCAGCAGGUUAUAGAUAUGAAUGACUACCAGAGAAGGAGGUUUGCUUCCCGGAUUAUAGACAGUCUGUUUAAUACAGUGACUGAUAAGAAGAUAGCUAUUUUGGGGUUUGCAUUCAAAAAGGACACCGGCGAUACGAGAGAGUCUUCUAGUAUCUAUAUUAGUAAAUAUUUGAUGGAUGAAGGCGCACACCUCCAUAUAUAUGAUCCAAAAGUACCAAGGGAACAAAUAGUUGUGGAUCUUUCUCAUCCAGGAGUUUCAGAGGAUGACCAAGUGUCCCGACUUGUGACCAUUUCCAAGGAUCCAUAUGAAGCAUGUGAUGGUGCCCAUGCUGUUGUUAUUUGCACCGAGUGGGACAUGUUUAAGGAAUUGGAUUAUGAACGCAUUCAUAAAAAAAUGCUGAAGCCAGCCUUCAUCUUUGAUGGACGACGUGUCCUGGAUGGGCUCCACAAUGAACUACAAACCAUUGGCUUCCAGAUUGAAACAAUUGGCAAAAAGGUGUCUUCAAAGAGAAUUCCAUAUGCUCCUUCUGGUGAAAUUCCAAAGUUUAGUCUUCAGGAUCCACCUAACAAGAAACCCAAAGUAUAGACAUUGCCAUUUUUAUUUGUAAUUUUUUUGGUACUUCAGGAUAGCAAAUAUCUAUCUGAUAUUAAAUGGUAAAUGAACCAAGUGUUU